AUGUCCAGCUUUUCAUUGGUUAAUCGGGUGGAUUACAAAGAGUUGAUUGAAAUGGAUGACCUAGCAACCAGCCUUCUCGUUGAUCCCAUCAUUGGUUUCACCACACACAAGAUGACUCCAAAUUACAAGCCAUUGAAAGUAAACAAUGAAAUAUUGAGGUUGUUGAUAGAGAAAUUUUGCAAACAUCAAAAUUACGAACGGGCGUAUUUGAACCUCAUUACUUGUUCAUUUCUCACUUCAUAUUUUGCUUCCAAGACAUCCAACCAGUUGCUUGCUCUUAAGGAACAUUUAUUCAGAUACCUGCGAAUUUAUGACAAGAAUUCUGGUUUUGAGUUACAGCCAUGUUUCAGAUACAGUUUGGAAAGGCAGGUCGGAGGGAAAGUGUGCGUCACUAGGAAGUGGUACAAGGGUGAAAAGAUACCAUUUCUAGUGGGUUGCUUGGCAGAGUUGACAGAAGAGGAUGAAGAUGAACUUUUGACUCCAGGAGUCAACGAUUUUAGUGUAAUGUUCUCAUGUCGUAAGAACUGUGCUCAGCUCUGGCUGGGACCAGCUGCCUACAUCAAUCAUGACUGCAUACCGAACUGUAAAUUUGUAUCGACUGGUCGUGAAAGGGCCUACGUGCAGAUCCUGCUGGAUCUCGAACCCGGCACAGAAGUAACCUGCCAUUACGGGAGUGAUUUCUUUGGAGAGAACAACCAUUUAUGCGAGUGCUACACUUGUGAAAGGAGGUUGACAGGGGCAUUUACGCCAUCUUCUCCUGAUAAAAGAACCAGUUUGAUGGUGAAGGGCUACCAGCUGCGAGACACCAAGCACCGCAUGGAUAGAGACAAAAUUCAGCAGAAGGUUGCAAAGCGUCGUAGGAAGUUGUCCACGCCGCCGAUGGCACCGAAGUCAACAUCGCCGUCGUCAGAUAUGAAAAUUAGAUAUGGAGGGAUUGGCAUCAAAGCCAUGGAAAACUGGGACACAAGGACUAGUAACUUAGAGAAGAACUCGCACUUGUUGAAGAUGGCGGAAUUGAAGAAACGAGGAAUAACAAGGUAUGAUGCAGAACUCCUCAUCGAACAGGGCUUCCAACUUCCUGAACCUGAUGAAAAUACAGAAGAGUCAGAUGGGAACUCAAGACAGGAUAAAUCAGAAACUCUGCCUAAUGGUGCAAACGUAGUCAGCAGUAAUGGUAAAUGCAAAAAUGUAAAAAAGUCAUCCAGUAAAAUAAAUUCACGUUUCAAAAAGAUGACCAUGGAUGAAACCAAUGCCGAAGAUGUUCACAGCAAAGAUGAUGAAGUUGUAAACACUGCUAGUAGCAAAAGUGUUGCUGACGAUAAACUUGAUGAUUGUGUAAACAAUGCAGAUGCAAAUGAAGCAAGUGUUGAUGUUGAGGUGGAAGCCAAGCCAGAUGAUGUCAAUGUUGAAGAUGUUGACAUGACAGUGAAACCAACUGAAGAUGAUAAGAAGGAAGUCGAACCAGUUGAUGUAGAUGUUGAAGAUGUUAAAAUAAAAGUCAAACCGGUUAAUACAUCAGAAAGAAGAAUAUUACGUAAGAAGGCUGGUAAGUUUAGAAGUGAGAAGAGAGUGAAAGCUGUUUGUCGCAAGUCAUAUCAGGACGAUGAUGAAGAUACAUCAGAUUUUGAGAGUGAUGAUUUGUCUUCUGACUCUGAAUUGCUGCACAAAACUGACCUUAUGGAAGAUAGUGAUGUACGUGAUGAAAUAAAUCAAACAAAUAAUCAAGAUGUAAGUAACAAUGAAGAACAAUUGUUGGAUGUGGUUAAGCAAAAUGUGGUAGUUGAGCCAAAUGUGGAAGAUGUUCUCUCUUCGUUUAACGAAUCCUCUUCUUUUCUGGAUAACAGCCAAUCGUUGUCUAUUGAUCUCAAUGAAUGCCAUUCCAAAUCGGUUUCUACUGGUGUUGAUGAUGUUGAUACAAAGAACUCAGAUUGUUAUUAUUCAGUGACUCAGUCAAUUGUUGCCAACAAUUCAUUGAAAAGACAAUUUUCAGAUGAUUGUGGAGUUCCUAAAAAAAAAUUUAAACCUGAAGAGCAAGUGUCUCUUCGCGGAUUCACGCGUGAGACAUCAUGCAGUGCACUAUUAAAUGAUAAUUCUCAGCAACAGUCAGCUGCUUUUUAUGACGUACCAGUUUUGAAAUCUGUCACUGAUGAAGCAAUUAAUAAUUUUCAUCAUCAGACAUCUGGCCUUCGAAAUGAGGUUGAAGACAUGGUGAGCGCCAAAAAUGAUGAGGACGUCGUAAAUGAGGAUAUUUUACUUGCAAUGAGCUGUGAAUCUGAAUCAGUGCAUUGCAGUCCGGUACAGAACAGAAAAUUGAAAAAUCGAUUAACGCAAGGCAAUUUAUCGCCUCCAAUAUUAGAAAAACAAACGAGUUUGUUUAAUUGUGAUAAUUCAUAUAAAAUUGUUAAUAACGCGUCAAAAUACGUGGAACACGUUGCGGAUCAGAUGCCAUCAUUAAAAAAGGAAAAUGUGACCAAAAGGAUUAGCUUAAAUGAUUCUGUUAAAUUAAAGCAAGGCUAUUUUUAUGAUAUAAAUGAAGUUGUGAAAAGCAAAUAUACUAAUAAUAAUAACUAUAACAGCAAACAUGAUUUGUGUGAAAUAGAGAAAAAAGCAUUAAGCAACAAUAUAUAUGGCGGUGUCAAGAAAAACAAAAAUUCGUCAUCUAAUAAUUUUGGCAUUAGUUGUUUCUUGAAGUUGAAAAAAAAUGAAUCAUUAGAUUUCAUUAAAAAGCAAGUUUCUAAUUACUACAAUGGUAAUGAUAUCGCUGUUGCUAAUUCUAAAAAUUCUAAUUACAAAAAAUGCAAAUCCAGCGGAAACGUUAAACAAACUUCUUCCAAAAACGGUCAUAUCAAUAUUUGUAACAGGAAAGCAAAUUUGGUUACUGUAAAUUGCAAUACGAGUCGUAACAAUGUAAACGGCACACACAACCGUUUCCCUGGGAGCUCCAACACAUCGACUCCUGUUUCGAAUGAUGUUAAAAAGAAUAAAUCGCCGAAAACUAAUCCCAAAGAUUGUGACAAUUUGUUUCAACGGCUGUUGCGAGACUUUUCUCAAGAAAAGGUUAAUAAAAAUGCUACCACUAUCAAUGGCUUUAAGAAUGAUGGUGUUGGAAACGUUACUGAAAAGCAUCCCAUACCGAUUAAAAAACAAACCUAUUCUAAUCUUAAUCUAUUCGAUUACAGAAUACCAAAAAACAAUAAGAGCAAUAUUGUUUUUGAGAAAGGCAGCAAAUGUAUCGAUAGUUCAACAACACCUAAUAGUUAUUUAAAUUUCAAAAAAUCGAGUCUCAACGAAUUAAGCUUGCCUUCCACCAACUCGAACAUAACUCCGAAUAGUAGCACCACUUCACUAGCGUCAUCUUCAGACGCUGAACCCAAUAGAUCACGAUUUCAAAGAUUGUCCUUUUUUGAAACUUUUAAAUCUAUUACCUUUGUAUGA